AUGCCUCGAGCUGAGAUCGGAUCAACAAAGUACAUCGCCAACCAGAUGAAGUCAAAGGGGCUUCAACGGUUGCGAUGGUACUGUCAAGCCUGUCAACGCCAGAUGCGGGAUGAGAACGGCUUCAAAUGCCAUGUCGCGUCGGAAUCACACGUGCGCCAGAUGCAACUGAUCGGCGAAGAUCCCCGGAAAGCUAUCAACGAUUAUUCGAACCAGUUCCUGAAAGACUUUAUACAACUAUUACGGACGGGACAUGGAGAGAAGAAAGUCAACGUCAAUCAUUUCUAUCAAGAAUACAUUUCGAACAAGCAACACAUUCAUAUGAAUGCGACGAAGUGGGCGAGUUUGACUGAGUUUGCCAAAUACCUAGGCCGAGAAGGCAUAUGCCGGGUAGACGAAGACGAGAAAAAUGAAGGGCGCACCGGUGCCAGUGGACUGACCAUCAGCUGGAUCGAUAAUAGCCCCGAAGCGCUGCGGCGACAAGAAGCUCUGAGGAAGAAGGAGCGGCAGGACCGCGGCGAUGAGGAGCGGGAACAGAGAAUGAUACAGGAACAGAUUCGGCGAGCGAAGCGUGAUGGAAUGGAUGAUGGCGCAGAUGAAGAGGAAGAGCAAGACAAUGAUACUCACACUGAAGGCAUCAAGCGCAAGGAUGGGGAGAAAAUUGUUCUCAACUUUGGCACAAAGAAACAAUCACCUGGGAUGUCUGCACCACCGACACCUCCCCAGACGGAUAGAGACGAUUCAACAUCCGACAAGGAAAUGGACAUCUUACCAACGUCAGAAUCAACUUCACAAUCUCCUCCCCGCCAAAACAUGGCUUCAGAGCCUCCCGACUCCACCGCUAAACGGCUUUCGACCAAGCAGCCUCUGUCUAUGUCCUUCGGCACGUCGUCAAGCAAGCCCAAAAACGUUUUCGCCUCCGCACCAAAGAAGAACGCAUCAGGAAGCACGAAGAAACCCUCCGCACCACCCACGCAACGGCCCAUGAGCGAAGCAGAGCGGAUCAUGAAGGAGGAAAUGGAGCGGAAACGACAGCGUGAUGCGAAGGCUUUUGGAGGUGGAGGAAAUUUGUUCAAGAAGCAGCGCAUUGCAUAA